AUGCCACUUCUAAUAAUUCUUCUAUACAGACAAUAUCGAAACCAGAGAAGUGGUAUUCCUACAAAUUGGCCAAUUCUUGGUAUGACUCCAAGUAUGCUUAUAAACAUCCACCGAAUCCAUGAUUAUGCCACCGAAUUGUUGCUACACAGCGGUGGUACCUUCAAGGGGAAAGGCCCUUGGUUUGCCAACAUGAACCCUCUCUUAAUCACCAAUCCUUUAGACGUCCACCAUGUUCUAACCAAAAACUUCAGUAAUUAUCCCAGAGGCGACACAUUUCGCAACAUCUUUAGAUUCCUGGGAGAUGGACUCAUCACUUCUGAUGGCAAGUUAUGGGAGAUCAACCACAAGGUCACCAUUUCCGCACUAAAGCAUGCCAGUUUUCAGGAUAUGUUAGAAACAGUUAUCUGGAAUAAAGUGGCAAACGGGCUUCUACCGAUACUUGAAUCCAUUUCUGAACAUCAUACCGAGGUGGAUUUGCAAGAUAUAUUUCAGAGGUUCACUUUCGACACCAUGUCCAAGGUACUACUUGAUAACGACCCCGAAUGCUUGUCUCUUGGUUUUCCUUACAACCCAUGUCUGAAAGCCUUCACAAAAGGUGAAGAAGCUUUAAUUCGAAGGGCUGUUACACCCCAAAGCCUUUGGAAACUGCAACAACUUCUGAGGGUGGGGAAAGAAAGUAAGGGUAACAGCGCAGGUUAUACUCUUAAUAAUUUUGUAUACAAGUGCAUAGCUCAAAAUCAAAAUGAUUUCGAUAACAUGAUCAAUGGCGAACAACAAGAAGGAAAAUUCAAAUUUUUUACAGCUCUCAUGAGAGCGUUAAAAGAUAUUCAGAGUGACACAUCGUUGCAUCCCACAAAAUUUAUAAGGGACGUAUUAAUCACUCUGAUGACUGCAGGAAAAGACAGCACUGUCAGCGCUCUCUCUUGGUUCUUUUAUAAUCUUGCGAGAAACCCAACUGUAGAAGGUAAGAUUCUUGACGAGAUUCACACACAUUUUGAGGGAAAAGUGGGCCAAAGAUGGAACGCAGAAGAGUUAGGUAAAAUGGUUUACCUUCAUGGAGCUUUAUGUGAAUCCUUAAGGCUAUUUUCUCCUGUUCCAUUUAACUACAAAUCUCCAUUGCGACCAGAUAUCCUUCCAAGUGGCCACCAAGUUGAUUUAAACACCAAGAUUAUUAUAUCUUUCUAUAGCAUGGGAAGGUUGAAAUCAGUAUGGGGUGAGGACUGCAUGGAGUUUAAGCCAGAAAGGUGGAUUUCUCAUAAAGGAGGAAUCAAACAUGAACCAUCCUACAAGUUCAGUACAUUUAGUUCUGGUCCGAGAACUUGUGUGGGUAAGAAGAUGGCUUUAACUCAGCUACAGAUAGUGUCUAGCAUAAUCAUUUACCAUUACCACAUUGAGUUGGUGGAAGGUCAUUCUGUGUUACCUGCAGGUUCUAUGGUACUUUCGAUGAAGCAUGGUCUCAAGGUGAAGUUAACUAAAAGAAGUGAAAUGAACUAA